ACGGUGUGGAUUUCAUGCACUUUAAGUCGUUUCUCCGCAGAGGAAGUAACCCGGCAGGUACUAGCGCCAGGUACCCGGGCGUUUUCCUUUUUGCGAUGGAAACUCCAUGCCAGCUCCCUCUAAUGGCGACUUCUCAACAAUCCGUUGGAAAGAAAAAUGGACAGCCGAUCUCAGCUUGUCUUCUUCAAUAGCGAGGAAGAUUGAUUUAGUAACCGGUAUUCUCGAUUUACAAAGAGAGACGGAUCGACAGAAACUGACGGCGGAGAUCUGAUCACGAUGAAGGGGAAAAGCACAAACAGGAUGGGUCGUUCGAAGAAAUCGAUGGUUACGGUGAAGCUCCUGGUGGACAAUGAGAGAAAUCGGAUUGUCUUUGCUGAAUCUGAUAAAGAUUUCAUCGACAUUCUCUUUAGCUUUCUAACAAUGCCGGUGGCUACUAUUGUUCGGCUUGUUGGCAAGGAAUCAAAGGAAUCAGAUCUUGGAUGCAUGGAUAUGUUAUACAAGAGUGUAAAGGAUCUCGACAUCAUGCAUCUCCAGUCAGAGACAUGCAAGAACAUGUUGACGCAUCCGACAAGUGCAUCUGAAGAAGAAUGCAAAAAUCUGGCGGUAGUAAUUGAUGACACUGAGAUCACCAGGUACUACAGAUGUCGUACGUACCAGUGUUCCACCCACAAUCAUCGCUUGAUCACCACCGUUAAAAAUGCAAAAUGUAGAUGUGAGGGGCCAAUGAUAGAAGAAGUGCCAAAAUGUAGCAGGGUUGCCACUGAUGAUGCUGCCGAUGGAGUGUUUGUUAAGGGAAGCCAUAAGUUCAUGAUAAGUGAUGAUUUGAAGAUAUCGGUCCUUUCUACAAGGGCAUGUCUGUCGUUGUUUAAGAAGCUUGGGAUCAGUGAGGGGAUUGCACUUGAAGAGAGGGUGGUGUAUGUCAAUGAUGUGGUGGUUCUGCAUCUGCUCAAGCAGUCGUUACUGUCCAAGACCCCUUUGAGCGACGUGUUCUUACCGGAGAGAGGCAAGGGUGACCAAGUAGAUUUGGAGCCAAAAGUACUAGCUCCAGGUGAAAGAGAGAUGACCACCGGUGGUGAGAAGAUGUGUAUGAAGCUUCAACAGAGAAAAUCCAACAAGGUAUCUCAUGCAAAAGACCAGGAAGAUUGCGUUACCUUCCUCGCCAUUCUUCUUGGAUCCGUUACAGAGCUAUUGUGUAGCAACAUGAAGAAUGUGUUGAACACUUAUGGUAAGAAGAUAAGCAUAAAGCUUCUGCGACGCAAAUCCAAGGAGAAGGUAGUUUAUGCAGAAGUCGGGGAAGACUUCAUCAACCUUCUGUUCAGCUUCCUCACAUUUCCUCUUGGAUCCAUUGCAAAAUUCUUCAAUGGGCAUACUUCCAUGGGUUGUGUAGAUAAGUUGUACAAGAGCGUGGGAAAUUUGAAGGAUCACAUGAAAUCUGACCAGUGCAAGGCCCUACUACUUGACCCCAAGCUCCCCCCUUACUUUGGUUGCAAGAACCAGCUACUACGGAUUUCAGAAGUGGCCCCAUUUCAGCCCUUGAUUUCCUAUUGUCAUAGAUGCUUUGUUGUUGGCACAGCUCCUGACUUUGGAAAAUGCCCACAUGGGAGAGAGACGGUACAAUUACGUGCCAUGAAUCCAGUGCAUCUUGAUGGCAAAAUAAAGAGUGGAGGGUUUGUGAAGGGACCCACAAGGUUCAUGGUUACAGAUGAUUUGCAUGUGGAGCCGCUUUCAGUUAUUGCAGGCAUCUCCAUUGUCAACAGAUUCAACUUGCCGAUGAGUGACUUAAAGGAGCAAUUUGUAAACGUGGGGGAGGAAGAGGCUUUGAAUCUUCUGAAGGCUUCUUUACUGUCCCAGACAGCUCUUAGCGACGCCUUUUUGACUGUUGAAAAUGAAGCUCUGCAGUAGCUGGCCAGUCAUCUGCCUAUGUGGUGAAAAUUCCAUUGAUUUGAAAAUCUGGACUGUUGCUUUCAACUCUUAUUAUUAUUAUUAUUUUUAUGUAUGUUAAAAACCCAUCUAAACUUGGAUUUCUGUGCAUUUGUGGUAAUAGCUAAAGUCAUACUGUAGUUGUUCCUAACACCUUUCUAUGUUGUUUAUAAUCUAUCUAAACCUUUAAUUUGCAUGCCCA